CACACAUUACAAUACAAUUACAUACCCUCCAACAAUAAUAUAAUGUAUGCUUCAACUUCAUUCACUUCACCUCUGAUCCAUGAACUUCUUUUAGAAUUCCACUCAAGAAGGUUACUCUUACACACUACCCCAUCAUUCAACCAAUCACCAAGCUCAUCACCCAACCCACCAAAUAGCCCCCAAAACUCAUCACCACAAUCAUCAUACCUUGGAGAUGGAACCUUUGAUGCAAAUGUUGUCAUGGUACUCUCAGUACUUUUAUGUGCUCUAAUAUGCUCACUUGGAUUAAACUCCAUCAUAAGGUGUGCAUUAAAGUGUUCCAGCUUAGUUGUGAGUACCAAUAAUAGUGAUAGUAAUAAUAACCACCACACUCCAUCAUCAAGAGUGGUCAACACCGGAAUCAAGAAGAAAGCACUCAAGACUUUUACAACACUAAGUUACUCAAAUGAAUUCAACCUUCCUAGUUUGGACUCAGAGUGUGUGAUAUGCUUGUCGGAUUUCGCCAUCGGCGACCGGUUGCGGAUUUUGCCUAAGUGCAACCAUGGUUUCCACAUAAAGUGCAUUGAUAAAUGGUUGAGUUCGCAUUCUUCUUGCCCCAAAUGCAGACACUGCCUUAUGGAGACUUGCCACAAGAUUAUUGGGGCUACUACCUCAUCAACAUCAUCACAAUUGCCAGAAACUAUUCUUACCAUAGCACCAUUGGACCCAGAACGUUUGGUGCGUAACUAUAGGGAAUCCAAUUAAUUAUUCAACCAUAUUCAUCAAUGCACUGCUGGUUAAGUUGUAGUAGUUAUUAAUUAAUUAAUUAGGACUAUAUAUAGGGUUUAUUAGCAUGUAGUGAUGGUUAUGGUUAAUUAUUAUUGGUGAAAUGUGCAUAGAGUUUGAAACUCUUUUGUUGUUGUUUUAGCUUUAGCUCUCUUCCAAGUGUAUAAAGCAAGUUUAAAUUGAAAUUGCAUUAUUGAAUUGUAAAUUACUUAUUGA